AUGGCUACCUACACCACCAUGGAAGGUCCUCAGCACAUUGCUAUUCGAGAGCUCGACUUGAGGACCUGCCACCCAAGCACAGUGGUUGACAGAGUUGGUGCUGUUCCGGUUUUGAAGACAAGUGCUGCUUUCUUCACAUUCCUCCGCGCCAACCUUGUCCUUCACUCGGCAAUGACUUCAGCCACCAGCACUCCACAAUUCGGUCCAUCUGUGCCUUUCGCUUCUUUCGUCCCGCCAUCGCCUUCUCCGCUUGCAGCUUCCACUCCAUACUUUGGACUCGACGACGACGAUGAUGUUGAGCCGUUGUCUCUCGAGGUCCUCGACAAGCCUCAGGACAAGGUCGAAGGCAUGCGCCUCGUAGCCGACUCAAUUGCUCAGAUGCGCCAGCGGGCCUCACUAAACCUCGUUUUCCACCCAAUCUGUCUCGCCGGCCUAUCAGCUGCCCUUGCAACUAUUUACCACUUCAGUGGUGUUUCUCGCGAUUCAGGACUUGGCAUGACGGUCUCUUGUGGUGUCAUCAUGAGCUACCUCAUGGGUAUUCGCUACUUGGCCAAUGGUUACAUCUCUUUAGCUGAACGGCUCCGAUGGAACUGGCUACGAGCCGACGAUGGAGAGGAGGAUACCCUGCUAGCCGCCCGUCUCAACCAAGACAUUAUUGGAACCCUUGUUCUUCGCCUCGAACCAAGCCCGACAUCCAACCACAGACGAAGACGGUCGCUUUCUCUCCGAGGAGGCAAGGGUGUUAUUCGCGCCUGGACCACCAACCUCAACUAUCGUGGAAAGGGUGUUGGAAAGGAUCUGCUUCAAGAAGCUGUGCGCGUUACCAGGGAGAAGUGUGGAAAGGAUGCCGAAGUUGGAUUCGCCCAGGAGCAUGCCAACAGCGCCAUGCUGCUCCCUGGCAUCUUCAAUGCGCCUUUCCGACGUGACGAGGUCCGAGCCACCAGGGCCUUGGAUGGCAUUCUGUCCAACUGGGACUUGAUCAAGAGAAGGAGGUAG